AUGUCUUCAGCCAAGGAUAAAGCUUCCAUCUUACUUGGUACAUUAGAUUUAGAAGAGAUCGAUGUUGAUAUCUUCCGAGGUAAUACAUUAUGGUACCCUCUAUUUUCACAACGUAUAUUUGGUGGUCAAGCGAUAGGACAAGCUCUAGUAGCUGCUAGUAAAACAGUUGAUGAACAAUUUUCACCUCAUUCUCUACAUUUGUAUUUUCUUCGCGCUGGCGAUCCUUCCAUUCCUCUCAUAUAUAAAGUAGAACGUAUCAGGGACGGCCAUUCAUACUGCAGUAGAAAUGUUCAUGCUCUCCAACAAGGUUUAACCAUUUACUCAAGCCAAAUAUCAUUUUGUAAAUUUGAAAAAACUGUAAUCGAACAUCAAGCUAAUAUGCCCAAUGCACCCGAUCCUGAAAGUUUACCUACAGAUGAGGAAGUAUCACAACGAAGGCUUGAACAUGAAACGAAUGAUAAUAAUCGUCUCUUAAUUGAGAAAUCACUUGCUUCACCAAUCCCUAUAGAUAUUCGGCGUUGUCAGCAACAGUGGGCAGACAUGACCGAACAUCCUCCUUACCAAUUGGCGUGGUUUAAAGGCAUUGACAAAAUAGGACCUGAAUUGAAAAAUUUACACUCGCCUAUCGUAGGAUAUGCUUCCGAUUAUAGUAUACUCUAUACAGCUACAGCAGCUCACCCUAACUUUCGAUAUACUAUGAUAUCAUCACUGGAUCAUUCUAUGUGGUUCCAUUUACCAGUACGUGCUGAUGAAUGGCUGUUAUAUGAAACGCAAAGCCCAAAAGCGAAUAACGGAAGAGUUCUAGUAUUAGGCAAGCUUUUUACACGAGAUGGUAAAUUAGCGGUUAGCAUAGCCCAAGAAGGAUUAGUGAGAGGAGUAAUGAACGAGCCUAGUAGUCGAUUGUAA